UGGAGGUAAUUGCAUGCUUUUCAUGCCUCUCCUAUCACUAGUUAAACGUUUGCUUCAAUCUUCUCUUUUCUAGCUUUCUUAAUUGCACUGUAUCUACUUGCAAGAAACAAAAGAUUGGAAAUUUCAUCACCAUUACAUAACCCCAUCUUUUUUGCCCAUGGGGAGGCCUCCUUGCUGUGAUAAAUCCAAUGUGAAAAGGGGUCUCUGGACUGCUGAGGAAGAUGCUAAGAUACUUGCUUAUGUAUCCAACCAUGGCAUUGGCAAUUGGACUUUGGUCCCUAAGAAAGCAGGGCUCAACAGAUGUGGGAAGAGCUGUAGGCUUAGAUGGACUAAUUACUUGAGGCCUGAUCUCAAGCAUGACAACUUCACCCCGCAAGAAGAAGAACUCAUUAUUAAUCUUCAUAAAGCUAUAGGUAGCAGGUGGUCAUUAAUUGCAAGGCAGCUUCCCGGAAGAACAGACAAUGAUGUGAAGAACUAUUGGAACACUAAGCUUAGGAAGAAGCUUUACAAGAUGGGAAUUGAUCCCGUAACUCAUAAACCCUUCUCUCAGAUUCUUUCUGAUUACGGUAACAUUAGAGGCAUAUCAAAUAACACAGGUAACGACUUUGCUUCUUUCAAUAAAAACUUUAACUCCAAUCUUACGUCCAAACCUGAACAACCAUCAUCUUCUGUCUUAACUGGACCUUCAAGUUCUAAUGUAAUCCUGACGCCUCCCAUAGAACAAGUUCAAGAAAACUCAUUCACUAAUAACAGCCGUUCCUGGGAAUUGCUGCCCCAGUUUCACGUCACCAACCAUGACAUUUUGCAACCACAUUUGAUUAAUGUGGUAAGCUCUUCUUGCUCAUCUUCAUCUUCAUCUUCCACUACUGUCACACAGUUAAACUCACCACAAUCCUAUACCUGCCAACAAUCUCAGACUCCAAUAACACACUCUUCUCCUAGUUUAUGGAGUGAGUUUCUCCUCAGUGAUCCUGGAAUGUCUCUGGACUUUCAGCAGCAGCAACAAGAGCAAGACUCUCAUGGGGCGUUGUCAUCAACCUCAACACAGAAUGAUAUAUCCCAUGACAAGUUCACUGGUGGGAAUGAGGAUUUUGGACCAUAUGAUCAUGGAAUAAUAAAUGGCAAUCAAACAAACAGCCAUGUUGAUGCAUAUUCAUCUUCUGCAAGUUCAUUUGUGGCUGGUAUCUUGGAUAAGGACAGAGAAAUGCGAUCACAAUUUCCUCAACUUUUAGAUCCUUCUUUUGAUUACUAAGAAUUUUCACCAGAGUACUGAUUUGAGAGAAUUAAUGAAAGAUUAAUUAAUUUUGACUUGCAGA